AUGCAGCAGGAAGGGCUAAGCAGUGUGAAUCAGCUGGGUGGGCUCUUUGUGAAUGGCCGGCCUCUGCCCCUGGACACCCGGCAGCAGAUCGUUCGCCUAGCGGUCAAUGGGAUGCGGCCCUGUGACAUCUCUCGGAGCCUCAAGGUAUCUAAUGGUUGUGUGAGCAAGAUCCUAGGCCGUUAUUACCGCACAGGGAUUUUGGAGCCCAAGGGGAUAGGGGGGAGCAAGCCACGCCUGGCCACACCUCCUGUGGUGGCCAGAAUCGCCCAGCUGAAGGGUGAACGCCCAGCCCUGUUUGCCUGGGAGAUCCAGCGCCAACUCUGUGCUGAAGGGCUUUGCACCCAGGACAAGAAGCCCAGUGUAUCCUCCAUCAACCGAGUCCUGCGGGCACUACAGAAGGACCACAGACUGCCCUGGGCACUGUGCAGGCCUCCAGCUAUUUUGGCUCCAGUUCCUCAUCCUCCCCAUGGCCCUGAGGCUCCCCGGGGUCCUCACCCAGGGACCAGCCAUCGGAAUCGGACUAUCUUCUCUCCAGGACAGGCUGAGGCACUAGAGAAAGAGUUCCAGCGUGGCCAGUAUCCUGACUCAGUAGUUCGUGGCAAGCUGGCUGCUGCCACCUCUCUGCCUGAGGACACGGUAAGGGUCUGGUUUUCCAACCGAAGAGCCAAGUGGCGCAGACAAGAGAAGCUCAAGUGGGAAAUGCAGCUCACAGGUGCUCCUCAGGGUCUGACUGUACCAGGUGCUUCCCCAGGGAUCAUCUCUGCACAGCAGCCCCCUGGCAAUGCGCCUACAGCAGCCCUGCCUGCCUUGGAAUCCUUGGGUCCUUCCUGCUAUCAGCUGUGCUGGGGGACAGUCCCAGACAGGUGUCCAGGUGAUGCCCCACCUCAAGCCUGUCUCAAGUCCUGCUGUGGUGAGAAUCUAGUCCAGACCUUCAUUCCGCAAGGUGUGAGGAGGGGUGGGAAUGGAUUGCUGGUGGUGCACUAUAUGGGAUGGGGCAUGUUUGUUCACUCACCUCUGGAGCAGUUUCUCCUGGAGGAUGUGGAUUUUGGUAAGUGUCAUCCUUUUGGUCUGGGGAUGGAUGAUGAAAUAAAAACCUUUGGUCAGCCGUUUGCUGAAAUCUGGUAUUCAGGAAACAAUAAGAUCCUGUGGGUUCACGAUUAG